AUUUUUCAACUAUGCGAGGUAAAAACUCAGUAAAGAAUAAAAAUGGGCGGGAUUUGAAUGAAAAUACAUUGAUAACUAGCUAGACAUGUGUGAGUGUGUUCUCAUUUGUCCCUCAAUAGACUGUACAUGUAUCUAUUUUUUAUGUCUGUCUAUUAUUCGUUUAUUUCUGCUUUUUGGGGGAUAUGAAAUAUACUCAAUAUAGGCAUAUUAUAGUUUAGUCUUUCAAAUAACAUAGACAACAGCACAUUGUGUGUCAGAGACACGAGAAUUUAUAUUUUUUUUUUACUUUCUGCCUUCAUUUGUGUGUAGAAAGAAAAACGAAAGAAAAGGAAAAGAGAAGAAAAAAAAACAGAACACAGAAGUUGAAGUUACUUCCCUAGAAGUAUUUGAUAGUAGCAAAUCAGUUGAUAUUUUUAACUUGUUGUCUAAACAUCUCUAUAGUGUAGACACACAGAAAAAAAAAAUAGAAAAGUAAUAAUUUACGUACGAUCAAUCUCCUCUUCUUAUUUCUCAUUUUUUCAACAACGUGAAAAGACGUGGAUUCGGAGAUUAUUAAUAAUCAUUCACAGUAAAAUAAUUUAUCUUCAGCUGCGCUUUUGAACCGUGAAUGCAAAAAGUUUUUAUGUGAGAAAAAAAAUAUUAUUAUAAUGCAAAAAGAAGUGGAACUGGUUUGAGUCAAAACAAAAAAAAAGUGAAUAAAUAUUUUUAAAAGGAAUUUUAUUGAAGAAUUUGAGAAUUCCAUGAACUUAAUGAUGUUACAUUAAUUUACAAAAAUAAAAAAGUGAAGAAAAUAAUAUUUUAGUGAAAAAGAAUCACGGAACAGAACUUUAUUUGAACUUAUAAGAAAAAUAAUAAAAUAUAAAAAAUCAUGUCUUUAAAAUCAUCAUCAUCAUCUUGCAGUGAUAUCAGUAUUGAUGAAAUUCGAUCUCGUGAAGAGACAGAAUAUACAACAGAAUUUCCAACAAUCAAAGAAGAGCCACAAGCGACAGCCUCACCAAUGCUAACGCCACCUCAUACACCAACGGAAGACAGCACACGACAUCAUCAAACGUCUUCCACAACAUCCUCAUCAUCCGCCUUUUACGAAUCAAUGGAGUCAAUGAAGAGCGAGUCAAAACAGUCACUCAUUGAUGGUGGCAAUUAUCAACAUCACUUUUAUCAUGCUGCUGCUGCUCAUCCAGCAUUUACAGCACAGAGAAUGUGGCAACAAAAUACAGCACAUUUGCCAUUGGCUGCUGCUGCGGCUGUUGUAUCGACAACAAAUUCCCAACCAUCAUUACCACAUGCUGUUCAUCCAUAUGGUGCAAUUGCUUCAUAUAAUCAAAUGCAUCAACAUCAUCAUCAUCCUCAUCCGCAUCAGCUUCCAUCGACAGGACCUACAAGUGCAUCUGCUCAACAUCAUGCUGCUUUAAUGAGUCAAUGGAUACGUAGUGCUGCGAUUUAUCAUCAACAAAUGCAUCAUCGUGGCUAUCCUGAUUAUCAGCGUCUACCAUCAGUAGCACGUAAUGCAUUAGGUCCAUUAAAAAUGACUGGAACGGCAGGAACACGUCCAAAGAAGCAAUUUAUUUGCAAAUAUUGUAAUCGACAAUUUACCAAAUCUUAUAAUUUAUUGAUUCAUGAGAGAACUCACACCGAUGAGCGUCCAUAUGCCUGCGAUAUUUGUGGAAAAUGUUUCCGACGUGCUGAUCAUUUAAGAGAUCACAGAUAUAUCCAUUCCAAAGAGAAACCCUUUAAAUGUACAGAUUGUGGCAAAGGAUUUUGUCAAUCGCGAACAUUAGCCGUACACAAAGUGACACACCUAGAAGAGGCACCACACAAAUGUCCCGUCUGCAACCGAAGCUUCAAUCAACGUGCAAACUUAAAAACUCACAUGCAAAUUCAUACAAACGGCGAACAUCAACAAGAGCAAGAGCAAUCAUCGUCAGAUCCAAUUUUGGAUUUAUCACAAAAGUCAUCAACACCAUCGCCACACAAGAGUCAUACAAAUCAAACUGGCAAUAUCAUAAAUAAGAAACCACUUGGAUUUUCAAUCGAUGAAAUUAUGAGACGAUAAAAUGACACAACGAAGUUAAAGAAGAAAUUGAAAGAAAAGAAGUAAAUCUGACAUGACACACACAAGAAGAUUUAAAAGAAGAAAUAAAUAAAUAAGUAAAUAUAUUGAUGUUCCUUUUUUAGCAAAGAGAAGUAAAAGAAAGCGUCGACAUUUGUGUUUGAGGGCAUAAAGUAAAAAAAAAAAAAGAAGAGAAAAAAAAUUAUUUUUUUUGUUACCUUAAAAAAAUUCAUGAAGCGAAGAUUUUUUUUUGUAAAAAGAAAAUAAAUCCAAAAAUGUAGAAAUGUGUAAGCCAAAUUAGCACUUCCACAAGAUAAACUCUCAAGUACAUGAAGAUUUAAAAUUAACAAGUAUGAUAGUCACAAUGUGAAGAUGACAAAUGCGCAUUUUCAUAUUGAGAGCUUUGGUCAAAAAAAAUUAAGAAGCUAGCUAGACUUAGCAGAUCCAAAAUUGUUUAUUUAAUUUUUAUAGUUUCAAUGGCAAGACUGAUAUUAAAUGUUAAAUUUCUCUCUGAUCGCCCCAUCCCAAAUUUUUUACUUCCAUUGUGUAUGAAUUUCCUAUAAUUUAAUCAGCCAAAAGUGACCAAAAUUAUAAUUAUUGUAAAUAUAAAUUUAUUAUUUUAUUAUUAUUAUUAUUAUUUUAAUUGUAAAUUGAUUGACUAUAAUUUUAACUUUAAAUUGUAAUUUUAAUUUGAUCUCAAAAAAUUAAAAAGUCGCGUGCCGGACAGCGUAUGUAUGAGAGCUCCAUUUCCACUAAUUGUAGAAAUAUAAUAAUACAAAAAAUAUACAAAAUUGAUGUAAAAUAUGAAAAAUAAAUGCAGGAUAUAUUCAAAGGAAUUUAA